AUGGACGAUCAAGAGCAGGCAAAGAUUAUCAAGGACAAUCCUAUUGGGAAGGAUGUCUUCCAUCGCGUUCGCGUUACGUUUGAACUCAGCUGCAAUGACAAGGAGAUUCCGUGCACCUUGGACGCGCUGGGCCAACUUGACAAAGGAGGCAUGAUGAUCCAGCUUCUAAUCCGAAUACUUGCGGAAACCCUUCUUGUCUCUCUACGACUACUGCCGCUCGCAAGCCAACUCCGUUCCAAGACAGGUUGUGGGAGCCUCGAUUCCGACCUGCGCAGACUGAUUGGAACGAUCGCCGAUAACUAUUUCGACCUCGACCGCAUCGAGCCUCUCCUACAGGCAGUCCUUGCCGACGACCCUGAUGAUGCGCUCAUCUGGGACCGAGUCUACGAGGCCGUCACCGAAAUCACCCCGCCCAAGACGUCGCGAUGCCCUCCUAUCCAAACCCCAUUCCGUCAGACAACGGGCAGCUUGAUGAAUACCUCCGAGCUCCGCGACAAUGUGGACGGAGUGCUCAAGAAAGAACUCGGCGCUCUUUACGUCGGGCUUCCUCGAUUUCACGAGGCUUUUUUUGGACGCGUGGCAGACCUCGAGGAGGUAUCCGCAGCUGUCUUCAAGAAGUGCAAGGAAGGCAACGAACCACUCUUCAAGGAUGGGUGGAUCGAAUGGCCGAGAGAUGCAAAAGAAGAAGACGUCUUGCGCUGGUUGAGAAGAGUGCACGAGAAACUGGUGGACUUUGCAGAAAUAUAUAAGACGCUCCCGAGGCACCCACGAUGGCUACUGGCACAACCCAAUAAGGUCGUACAGGGUUCAGUUGCAGAUCGCAAGUUGGAUGUCGCCUUCCUAGCUUGCCCCAAGACCGAAGAAGGCUUCAGACAUACCUGGUGGGAUAUCCUCAUACCAGGCGAGCUGAAGAGCAAUCCAUCGGCCGACGCGCCGGGAAAGGCAUGGCUUGAUCUUGGGACGUACGCCAGAGAAGUGCUCGCUGCUCAAGACAACCGUCGUUUCGUCUUGGGCUUUACCCUCUGCGGGUCACUCAUGAGGGUAUGGGAGUUUGACCGGCUCGGGGGGAUCGCAUCCGAACAAUUCGACAUCAACAAGGAUGGGGAGCGUUUUGUGUCCACGAUCAUCGGAUUUACCUUCAUGAGUGAGGAGGAGCUUGGCCUUGAUCCCACAAUUAUGACGGGGGCAGAUGGCAAACGAUUUAUCGAGAUCCAGCGGAAUGAUUCGACAGAGCGUGUCAUGAUUGACCGAUUGAUGCUACGCACACGUUACAUAGUUGGCAGGGCCACGACUUGCUGGAAAGCCUAUCGAGAAGGACAGCCAGAGACACCCCUCGUCAUCAAAGACUCAUGGCAACAUGUCGAACGUGACGAGGAGGGCGAACUGUUACGCGAAGCAAUCGGUCAAGAUGUUGCCAACGUGGCCCGAUACUAUCACCACGAGACUGUCCAAGUGGGCAACAAAGAUGACGACAUUUGGGGCAAUGUGCGCGGCGGGCUCGACGUCGCCACACCUACGAACUACCCGUUGAGGCCGGAACCUUCCAUGCCGCCACCGAGUAUCACCGCGGCUAGGGGUUCGUCGAGAGGUCGCAGCAAAAGCACGGGCGGCCGCGCAACCGGCAAGAAGCGAUCCUCUAGUCAAAUCCUCGCCCUCCUGCCCUCCAGCAAGCGGGCUUGUUCAAUAUCCCCAACGAACGCUCGCGACGAAACAAUACCCAAUCGUGUACAUCGUCGUGUCGUCCUUCGUGACUAUGGGAAGUCCAUAUACAAGGCGAGCUCCCGAUCGGCUCUCCUUGCUGCAUUGGAGGGUUGCAUUGGGGGCCACGAAUCCUUGUAUAAGGCUGGGUUUCUCCACCGAGACAUCUCGAUCAACAAUCUCAUGAUCAACGAGGACGAGGACAACCCCUCCCAGCGUUCGUUCUUGAUUGAUCUUGACCUCGCCAUCCAGGUGCCACGAGAAGCCGCCUCUGGAGCAAAACACAAGACCGGCACGAGGGCGUUCAUGGCGAUAGGGGCGCUUCUAGGCGAGCAGCAUUCUUUCAUGCAUGACCUCGAGUCAUUCUUCUGGGUGCUCUUCUGGUUAUGCAUCCACUAUACAGGGCCGGGUCAAUCUAUCUGCUCACCUGUUUAUGACAUCUGGAAUUACACAGGUGAUGAAAGUCUGGCUACUUUGAAAGCCGGUACGAUAUCUAGUGAGACAAUGUUUCUGAAGACCGCGAGCACGCACUUCACACGGUAUUACCAGCCAUUAAUCCCGUGGGUCAAUAGACUACGGAGGAAGGUGUUUCCAAACGACAAGAGGUGGAAGAAACCGGACCUGAGGCUCUAUUCUGCGAUGAAGGACGUGCUUCGCGAGGCCCAGAAGGACCCAAAAGUGCUAGCGGAUGACGGAUAG